AGUUAUAUUUUAAUAAAAAAAUCAAAAUGUCCGAUACUGUCGCUGCAUCUCCUGCCGUUGUUGCAGAAAAAAAACCCAAGAAGGCUGCUGCCAGUGGUUCAAAGAAACCAAAAUCAACUCCAACUCAUCCUCCUACUCAGCAAAUGGUUGAUGCCGCCAUCAAGACAUUGAAGGAACGUGGUGGCUCUUCGUUGUUGGCUAUCAAAAAAUACAUCGCAGCUACUUACAAGGUGGACGUUCAAAAACUUGCUCCAUUUAUCAAAAAAUACUUGAAAAGUGCUGUGAUUAGUGGUAAAUUAGUGCAAACAAAAGGAAAGGGUGCUGCUGGUUCUUUCAAAUUGUCUGCAUUAGCAAGCAAGGAACCAAAAGCAAAGUCCGCCGAGAAGAAAAAAUCUGCUGCUAAACCAAAAGCCGCUGCAGCUGGUGACAAAAAAUUGAAGAAGGCUGCUGGUGAGAAGAAAGUGAAGAAAGCUGCUGCCACUACAAAAAAGACUGCCGAUAAAAAGAAGGUAGAAAAGCCAAAGGUAAAAAGUGCUAAGAAAACUACCGCAGUCAAAGCUAAACCAACUAAAGCAAAGGCCGCUGCUCCCAAGCCAAAAGUACCAAAAGCAAAAUCAGCGACAGCAUCUGCAGCUAAACCCAAAAAGGCGGUUGCUGCCAAGAAGGCUAAGAAGUAAUUUCAAUAUAAAUUUGAAAUUAAUAUACAAAACCACAGUCCUUU